AUGACUCAGAAGAAGUUGAACCUGCAGCAACGGAGAUGGUUGGAGUUGAUAAAAGACUACAAGUUGAUAAUCGACUACCACCCGGGAAAAGAAAACGUAGUCACCGACACUCUGAGUAGAAAGUUAUUAUUUGCCUUGAGGGCCAUGAACACUCAGUUGUCUAUGGCCAAUGAUGGUUCAGUUCUAGCAGAACUGGGAGCCAGAUCGAUGUUCCUUCAAGAGAUCUAUGAAGCUCAGAAGGGUGAUAAGAAAUUUCAAGUCAAGACGACUCAGGGCAAGACAGAUGGUAAAUCAGACUUUCGGAUUAGUACCGAUGGGUGUAUAAUGUUCAAAGAUAGGGUCUGUGUACCUAAGGACAAUGAACUUAUCCUGUAA